GUUAAACCCUGUUAAGAAUAGAAGCUUUCGAGCGAGAGAGAGAGAGCAAGGGAAUUGAAAGCAGAGUUGGUCGGCAGCUGCAGCACGAGUUCGAUUUCGGGUUCGAGUUCUGCACUGAUAGAGAGAGCAGGGAAUUGAAAGCAGAGUUGGUCGGCAACUGCAGUACGAUUUCGAGUUCGAGUUCUGCACUUCAAAUUCAAUGAGUACCACCCAAUUUGCCAUGGUCGAGGAGUUGGCUUUUCUUGUUAAAGACAACAUUCCUUGCAAGCAUCUCAUUUUGUCAAUCGAACAGGUGUUAGUUAAUUUUCUUCACAAUGAUACAAGUUUAAAUGGGGUGCUUGAGCUGGAACCAAUGAAUCCUUAUAACCGCUUGCUCAUACAUCGUCUUGCUGACAUCUUUGGGUUUUCUCAUCAGUCUGUUGGUGAAGGAGAGGACAGGCACUUAAUCUUGGAGCGCUGUCCAGAGACAUCAAUACCUCCCAUCCUUGUGACUGAUUUAUUGUGGCAGUCUGGUGAGAUGCAGUCUCCAGUAUCUUUUGAUGUAUUAAGCCGAGAGAAAGUUAUACCAGGCCAGAGGGAUAAUUCUGCAAGGGAAUGUUCACUGGAGGAGAGAGAGACAACUUAUCUUGCUGCACGGCAGAGAAUCUUUUCGGCAGAAUUAUAUCAAACUGAACUGGUAAAGCAGAGGCCAAGAAAUGACCCUGUUGUUGCCCGUCGUAUGAUAACUCGUGCGCUUGGCAAAACCAAUAAGGUGGUCUGUCAUGAGUUCAGUUCAAGUGAUACUAAGGAAUAUGGACCGACAGCAAAAGAUUGGAACAUUCAACAAGUGGAUGAGGCGACCAUCUGUUCUAGCAACAAAUUGGAGAGGAAGUCCCUGUCUACCAAACAUCCAAUAACAUGUACAUUGUCAGAAGUCCACAAAUCCAAUGGAUCUGAAUUAUCUUCCUUGAGUAAGGAAGCCAAGCAGAAAAACGUAGUACCAUCCAAGGGAGGUCCUGCAUCAGAGCGAAAGGAGAAUAGCAUUGACGAAAACCAUUUGCGAAAGGAACAUAUGGGCGCUGCAAAAAGGUUGUUUGCUAAUGCCUUGAGAAUACAUCAAAGAGAUAUCAAUCAAUCCAAGUGCAACAUAACAAAGAAAACUGAUAUUUGAAUUUGAGAAUUCAACUUUAAGGACCAUCCGUUGUCGCCUGUAGUGGUGUUUGUCUGGUAUUUGUGGCAGAGAGACAAGUAUUGAAAUUUUUUUGGCACAUGGGGAACCAAACUGGAAUUGUGUUGUGGAAAGUGGUCAAGUUGCACGAAGGAUUUGAUCACCGUUUCCUACUCAUCUCACAGAUCUAAGGUCAAGAUGAAAGCCAUGGUAUGAGGUGUGAAGUUGCUUGGAAUUCUUAAUCGCAUUGGUAUUAGAAUGCUUUUCCAGAACAUGGUUUCAUGUUACAAUAUUUUUCUUCCUAAGAAGAUACUUGGUGUAGAGCUUGUACUUGAUCAUUUCUUCAUCGCAUGACGUUAUCAAUGCAUACAACUAUUUAUUAUAA